GGGGCGGCGGCGCCGCCCGCAGAUGGAAACUGUAGCCUUCUGGAAGAAAGAUAUGUCAUCCAGGAACUGGGUGAAAACUGUUACUGUUAUUUGCAAAACAGAACCAUGCAUUUACAGUAUGUGUGGUCAACUGUUCAGAUAAAAGUUAACAGCACAGAAAUGUUUGAGUUUAUGCCUAUUUCCGAUGAAAUCAACUGUCGUAAUUCCGAAACAGUUUUUGAGUUUGCUGCGUGUGCUGUUCAAAUCUUUUGGCAACCAGAGACAUCUAGAGAAACAUUCAUAAACAUAAAACAAUAUGGAGAGGAUAUUUGUUUCAAAAUACAGCCCUUCAAGAAAGAACCGUACAUUGUGAGCGUAAAACAAAAAAUGCUAGAUGGAAAGAUCUUGUCUUUGUUUGUAGCUGGAAUUUUUCUGUUCCAUUUUGCAAGCAAUCUUAGCAGAAGCCCCAAGUUCUUUUACCUUUCUGGAAUAGUACUGGGUGUUCUUGCUCUGCUAGUCUUUCUCCUGUUGACGCUUAAAAGAUUUAUUCCAAAGCAAAGUACAUUUUGGAUUUUAAUGAGUGGCUGCUGGAUGUCCUCACUAUAUUUGCUGUACUGUUUUAAAGAGAAUAUGCAAUGGUUGUGGUCUGAACACAGGAACUACUUGUUGGGGUAUUUUUUGACUGUUGGAAUUAUAAGCUUUGCUACUUGCUAUCAGCAUGGACCACUUACCAGUGAAUUAAGCAUAACCUUCUUCACAUGGACACUACAAUUCAUAGCCUUUGUGUUCAUCUACUGCGGUGUCACCAUACCUCAAGUUGCAUAUGCAAUCAUAGCAGUCAGCCUCUGUUCAAAAGGCCUCUGUUAUCCCCUCGGUGCAGCUUGUCACAUAGGCAGAAAAAUGAAGAACUACUAUAAAUCAAAACAGUUAGUAAUUCGAUGCCUUACUGAGGAAGAAUAUAGAGAACAAGGUGAAACAGAAACAGUCAGAGCUCUGGAGGAAUUACGCUCCUUCUGCAGGAACCCUGACUUCCCAUCGUGGCUAGCAGUAUCCAAACUCCAGUCCCCGCACAGGUUUGCAGAUUUUGUCCUGGGAUUUCCUCACGUCUCACCUGCAGAAGCAAAGGCACAUGAUGAGGAAUAUGGCAUUGGAAGCAACUUCCUGGAAGAGCAGCUCUUUGACAUAAGGGCAGAAUCAGAGCUGGGUGAGGCAGCCAACCCCAUCUAUGAUGAACGAGGUGCUGAGGAUGAAAAUGAACAAAUUGCAUUUCCAUAUGGUACUGAGUUCUGCUGAGCUUUGGAAAGCACCCUGAAAAGGGGAGUGUUCUUCUUAGAAAGAGAGGGUAGAGACGGAGAACUCGCUCAUGGUGGUUUCUUAUGGAUGCAAGGGAACAAGUAAAUGUCUGUGAAAGAUUAGCAGAAAGAAGAUUUAGUUCAUCUUUGCCUGUGCUGAUGCUGUGAGAAUGAAAUACUCAGAAACUAUUGUGAAAUGAAUCAGAAAGGGAUGCCUGCAGAAAAGUCAGUUUUAAAUCUGUUUUUUUUGCAUGUUUUAAAGCAAGUAAGUUUUUUAAGCACACUUCCUAACUCACUUGACCGCUGAUCAUGAGAUGUGAGGUCAAGGAGGAGAAUUAAAUUUUGUCCCAGCCUAAACCCACACAAUCUCCCUGGACCUCCUCAUUUUACUGAGUUACAGAUGAUUGUCCUGCCAUUGAUAUAUGGCUUCUAUUUUUACGCAAUAGCUAAACUCUUAUCUUGAUGUAUUAUUAUCUUGAUGUAUUA